AUGUCGGACCACGUGCCCACAGAGGGCAUCCUACAGCGACUCCUCCAUACUCAAGCCUGGCCGUCGAGUGUUGCCUCGUCUCGACUCUCAUCGUCCAUGACCCAUCGCAACCUCCUUUUCGCCCCGGUGCACUCGAGCGCAUCCACGCAAAAUGGGCGACGCAGCCACAACGUGGACGCCAGCUUCAAGGAGAAAACCAACUUGAUUCUGAACGACCUCGACGCAAUGGCCACGUCGCAGUUUUCCGAUCUCGUCCUGCGGCAUCGCGCGCGCCUCUUGGACGCCAACGGACCCAUCAAGACGCGCUGGGACGUGUUUGUUCUUCUCGUGCUGCUGCUAUUUCUCGUUCUGCUGCCCCUAGACGUGUGCUUUGACAUUGUGAAGAUUUCGCCGUCGUGCUUGACGCUGCAGGCGAUCGUCGACUUAACGCUGCUCCUCGACAUGCUCGUGACGUUUCGCACGGCGCGGCGCGAUGCCACCACGCAAGCGCUCCUCGUCGACGCCACCGAAGUCGCCAAGUCGUAUCUGUUUAGCGGCAGCUUUGUUGUCGACGCGGUCUCGUCGAUUCCAUCCGGGUACUGGGUCACUGACUACGUCCAUUUGAAACGCGCAGUACAAACCACGCGGAUCCUCUUUGUCUUUCGACUCUACCGGCUAUCGCAGGCCGACGUUGUGGGUCGCGUCGAGCGCCGCUUAUCGCUGCUCAUCCACCCGGUCUUUGUGCGCUUGGCUAAAGUGGUCCUGCUCUAUAUCGCGUUGCACCACUACCUCGGCAGUGUCUACUAUCUCAUCGUGUGCUACGAAGUCGGUGUCUACGAGAAGCACCUCGAGAAAAUGUGGCCCAUUCCCUUCGCGCUCACUGACCCGCUCUGGGUGCAGUACGUUGGCGCCUACUACCUAGUGUUUUCGCUCACGAGCGGGUCGUCGAUCCUAGCGAUCACCAAAGUCGAGCGCAUCUUUAGCUUUGUCGGCUUUGCGAUUGGCAUGAUUGUCAAUGCGUGUGUCUUUGGUAUUGUCGCGGGGUUGAACGAACAGCUGCACACGUCGUCGGACGAGCGCCAGUACCACACGGCGACGGUCGCGUCGCUAUUACGCGAUCAGAACGUCGAUGAGGAUGUCCAGCAGGCGAUUUACGACUACUACAACUCGACGUCGGGCGGGGAGCUCUUGGCGCACGAUACCAACAAGAUCUUUACGCCGGCGUUGCCCAGCAAAGUCGAGCUUCUUCUGCGCCACCACCUUCACCGCGGCGUGGUCAGAAAAGUACCCUUCUUUAGCACGCUCAAUUCCGAGCAAGUCAUGGCGCUGCUACUCAUGAUGACUGAGAGCAUUGCGGUUCCCGAGGAGGUGAUCGUCAAAGCCGGCGAAAAGGCCCACGCGUUUUACAUUAUUGAAACGGGCCUUGUUCGCGUGCUCGAUGCCCGAGGAAGCGUGCUCGCGACACUUGGGCCGGGCGGGUACUUCGGUGAAGUGAGUUUGAUGACGAACGAGCCAACGACGGCCCAUUGCAUUGCGCAAACGUACUGCAAGCUCAACUUGUUGCUCAAAGUGCACUUUGAUGCGUUCACGCAAGCCAACGAAGGUCUCAAGUCGUACCUCAACGAGACCAAAACCAAGCGGCUGCAAAUAUCGGCCAGUGCCGCCAAGCAGCCGAUGCUGCUGCUUCGAACGCUCGUGCACCCGAAGCCUACGCUCGUGGGACACCUCUUUGCACGGCAGCUGGCGAAACGCUUGGCGCGCCGCCAGCGCCAAAUCAUGCGCCUCCUCUCCGCGCACCGCGAGUCUGUGCGCCGCGAGUCGGUCAAGGGAUCCGGCACGCGCGCGAGCCAAGUGUCGCGACGUAGUCAAGGGAAGCCGACGACCUUGGUCUCGGCGGGUGCGCUGCAAAUGCACCUGCGCGCUCUCUCGCACUCACGCGCGCGCUCCCUCGUGCGGCUCCAACGCAUUUCACGAAGUGCGAUCGAGGCCGAUUGA